AUGGGAACGGCGGUUCCGCCGUUAUCGGGUGUACAUCAGGUUUCGGGAGCGACGCCGCCUCCCACGCCUCAUACAGCAACGAUACAGACGUCUCCGGGAGGUCCUUUCUCCAAUGCGUCGUUGUAUGUAGGCGAUCUGGAUCAGACAGUGAGUGAUAGCCAAUUGUAUGAUCUCUUUAGCCAUGUUGCUCCGAUUCAAUCUGUUAGGGUUUGUAGAGAUCAGACAAGAAGAACCUCGCUUGGAUACGGCUACGUCAAUUUUAAUACCAGUCAAGAUGCUGCCCAUGCGAAGGAGGUCUUGAAUUUCACUCCAGUAAAUGGUAAACCAAUUCGAAUCAUGUUCUCUCAUCGAGAUCCUAGUAUGAGGAAGAGUGGACAAGCUAAUGUUUUCAUCAAGAACUUGGACCCAUCGAUAGAUAAUAAGGGGUUGUAUGACACUUUCGCUAGAUUUGGUCCGGUUCUUUCUUGUAAAGUUGCUGUUGAUUCUAAUGGUCAGCCGAAAGGGUAUGGUUUUGCCCAAUUCGAACAGGAGGAAGCUGCACAGGCUGCGAUAGUUCAGUUGGAUGGAAUGUUGAUGAAUGACAAAAAAGUUUAUGUAGGUCUUUUUAUCCGUCGCCAAGAUAGGAAUGGAAUGAAUAGAUCCUCUAAGUUCACUAAUGUUUACGUGAAGAAUUUUUCUGAAACCACCACUGAUGAUGACCUGAUGAAAACCUUUAGCAAGUAUGGACCGAUCACGAGUGCAAUUGUUAUGAGGGAUCCGAAUGGAAAGUCCAGGUGUUUUGGAUUCAUCAACUUCCAAAGUCCUGAUGAUGCUGCUGCAGCAGUGGAAGGUUUAAAUGGGAUGAACUUCACUGAUGACAGGGUUUUAUUUGCCGGGAAGGCUCAAAGGAAAGCUGACCGUGAAGCAGAGCUGAGAGCAAGAUUUGAACAGGAAAGGAACAGUAGAUUUGAAAAACUGCAAGCUGCUAAUUUAUAUCUGAAAAACCUUGAUGAAGGCAUCAAUGAUGAGAAGCUGAAGGAGAUUUUCUCAGAGUUUGGAACUAUAACGUCAUGCAAGGUCAUGCUUGAUCAACAAGGGGUUAGCAAAGGCUCUGGUUUUGUGGCAUUUUCUACAACAGAUGAAGCUACAAGAGCUAUGGAUGAAAUGAAUGGAAAGAUGAUUGGGAAAAAACCAUUAUAUGUUGCUGUGGCCCAACGCAAAGAAGAAAGAAGGGCUAGGUUGCAGGCACAGUUUGCUCAAAUCCAGUCACAAGGCAAUAUUAGUCAAUUGGGUGCAGGGAUGCAUGGAUUUCACCACCCAGGAGGGACGAGGGUUGGUAAUUCUCAACAUCAACUGUAUUUUGGGCAAGGCAUGCCAGCCGGCAUACUUCCAUCUCAGGCUGGAGGGGGCUACAGCUUCCCCCAACAUCUCGCGCCUGGUAUUCGCCCUCCUCCAGGUGUUCCCCAAAACUUCUUUUUGCCAUACCAACUUCCAAGACAUGGCAUGCCCCAACAACCACCUGCCCAGAGAAGUCCAAGGAGAUCUGGAAAUAACCAACAGCAGUCAAUCCAUCGCAACUCAAACCAAGGAUUUAGAUACAUGCCUAUAGCUAGAAAUGGAACUGAUCAUGGUCUCAUGUCUCCUAUGACGACACAAAUGCACUUUGAUGCUUCUGUGAUGCCUGCAACUCCUUCUGAUGUUCCACUUCGAGCUCCAAUGUCAAUGUCCAUGCUUUCUUCUUCUUUGGCUUCUGCUACUCCCGAAAAUCAGAGGGUGAUGCUUGGAGAACAAUUGUAUCCGCUUGUGGAGCAGCUUGAGCAUGAAAAUGUUGGGAAGGUGACUGGUAUGUUGUUGGAAAUGGACCAAACAGAAGUGCUGCACCUCAUAGAGGCUCCCGAUGCUCUGAAAAAGAAAGUUGGUGAGGCUAUGGAUGUCCUUCGUUCAGCCACACCGGAGUCUGAGAUCACAUUGGAUCUCUAUCCUUGA